AUGUCCCAGGCAGCGGCGUCGCGCACCGUCGCGCCGUACGGCCUCUGGGCGUCGCCCAUCUCGGCCGACCUGCUCACCCAGGCCGCCAUCUCCUUUGGCGACGUGACUGUGCUGCCGGCGCGCGGCAAGGCGCCGGCACGCAUCGCCUACGUCGAGAACCGCCCGUUCGAGCAGGGCCGCUCGGCCCUCGUCUCCCUCCCUGUCCCCGGCGCUGCGAGUGAGAAGGCGCCCGAGGGCACGGAUCUCCUCACACGCGCGCACUCGGCGCAGAGCGGCGUACACGAGUACGGCGGCGGUGCCGUGGCCGCAGCGCCCGGCGGCGAGAACUUCGUCUUCACGCAGGCCAAGACGUGUGGCAUCUUCGAGGCGCCUCUGCUGCUGCCCAGAGCGAGGUCACCGCUGAUGCACAUACUCGUUGCAGACAGCAAGACGUCGCGCCUGGCGGACUUCUCGGCGCACCCGUCGCUGCCGCUCGUGCUGUGCGUGCACGAGGACCACACCGUCGACACGCCCGCCGGCGUCGUCAACACCAUUGCCUGCCUCGACACGCGCGACGGCACGCUCUACACGCUGGUGAAGGGCCCCGACUUUAGCGUGUCGCCGCGCUUCUCGCCGUGCGGGCGCUUCGUGGCGUGGGUCUCGUGGGACCACCCGAGCAUGCCGUGGUGGGGCACGCAGCUGUGGGUCGCGCGCUUCCUGCACCAGGCCGGCCGCCCGCCGGUGGUGUCCGAGGCGCGCUGCGUCGCCGGCUCGGCGCGCGAGGUGGCGCAGAUGCCCGUGUGGGCGCCAACGAAGCCCGACGAGGACGCGGCGCUGUACUUUACCGACGACGAGACGGGCUUCGCGAACCUGUACGAGGUGCGCGUGCGCGCCGAGGACGAGGACAACCUGCGCGUCAGCGACAAGCUCGCGCUGCUCAAGGCGCCGCCGCAGAGCGACUUUCAGCAGCCCGCCUGGCAGCUCAACGGCUCCUUCUUUGUGCCGCUCAACGCCGAGUGGCUGGCAUGCUCGAUGAUCACGCGCGGCAUCCACUCGCUCGCCCUCGUGCACCUGCCGACACGCACGCUGCGGCCGAUGGAGACGCCGUUCCGCGUCAUCUCGCAGCUGCGCGCCGUUGACGAGCACCGUGUCGUCUUUGUUGGCACGCGCUUCGACGAGCCGUCGGCGCUCGUGCUGAUGGACGUGUCGGGCGCCAAGAAGGGCGCGGCGCCCAAGUGGCAGGUGCUCAAGCGCAGCAGCGACGUCGUGCAGAACGGCACCGUGCCGCGCGACUAUCUCAGCCAGGCGCAGACCGUCGAGUUCCCCACGACGCUGCCCGACGGCAGCAAGAGCACCGCCCACGCCAUCGUGUAUCCGCCGCUCAACCCGUGCUACGCCGCGCCCACGGGGGCGGCGCCGCCGGCCAUCAUCCUGGCGCAUGGCGGUCCGACGUCGGCCGCCGACGCGGGCCUCAAUCUCGGCGUGCAGUUCUGGACGACGCGCGGCUUCCUAGUCUGCAAUGUCAACUACGGCGGCAGCACCGGAUACGGCCGCAAGUACAUGGAGCGUCUCAACAAGAACUGGGGCGUCGUAGACGUGCGCGACUGCGCCGCCUGUGCCGACUGGCUCGCGUCUGACGCUGGCGCCGGCGGGCCCUCAGCCAGUGUCGCUUCCAGUGCUGCGCGUGCCUCGCGCUCGUCGAGCGAGGCCGGCAGGGCGCAGCUGUCACUCCUGAGCGAGCGCCGCCAGCCUGACGGCACCAUCGAGCUGACGCUGCUCAACGAGCACGCCGGCUGGUCGCUCGGCGCCGUUGACUGUGCCACAGCUGUGCUCUUCAGCGGCCUCAUUGCCGGCGUGCAGCAGUACAGAUAUGUGAGUGCUGCUGAGACUGUGGUCCGUACCGUCACGAGCAUCCCGGACAUCGGCAUCCAGCUGACGACCGUCAAGGGCUUCGCGAUUCCGUGGGUGCACGCGCGCCGCGCGCGCCUGCGCGCGGCGCCCAAGACGACGCUGCCCGGCUCGCGUGUGCCGACGACGGUGGCGGCGCACUUCCAGGCGACAUCGCUGCGCACGCGCCUCAUUCCGCGCGACUCGAUCCUCGACGUCGUGACCAUCGAGGCGUUCCGCCGCUGGGGCGUCAUGGACUAUCUGGCCAUCUCGACGCGCGCCGCCGAGGGCUACGAGGGUGCGGGACGCGGCGGCAAGCUCGAAGUCAUGUUCCCUCACCUGCUGCCGCGCCUGCCGGUCGUCGAGCAUGUGUUUGAGCCAAGAUUGCCAUCGCUGGCGGCAGCUCGGGCGGUGAGUGCAACCGGGCGCAGUGCUUCUCCUGCCGCGCUCACACACGCUGCAGGCUACACGGUGCUCGCUGCGCUGUGCCUCUAUCCCGACAGCUUCAAUGCCGGACGCUCGUCGUACGGCAUCAGCGAGCUGACCGCGCUCUACCGCCUCUCGCACAAGUUCGAGUCGCGCUACCCCACAGCACUGCUCGGCGGCACGCCCGAGGAGGUGCCGCAGGUCUACCACGACCGCUCGCCGCUCUACAUGGCCGACCGCAUCCGCGCGCCCGUCAUUUUCUUCCAGGGCGCCGAGGACAAGGUGGUGCCGCCGGCGCAGAGCGAGGAGAUCGUGCAGGCGAUCCGCAAGCAGGGCGGGCGCGUCUCGUAUACGCUCUUCGAGGGCGAGGGCCACGGCUUCCGGCAGGCUGCCCACCAAAAGGCUGCGCUCGAGGGCGAGCUGCAGUGGUACAUCGACGUGUUCAAGCUGGCCGGCAAGGCGUAG